GCGCACUGCGCUCGGCGCGCGGAACUGCAGCUAUGGAGCAGCCACCCCCGGACCCCGAGCGGCAGCUGCAGCCGGCGCCCCUGGAGCCGCUGGGCAACCCCGACGCUGGGCUGGAGGCUGCGGGCGGCGAGGCCGCGGACGGGGCCCGCCAAGAGGGCCGCGGGGCCGACACGAUGACAGAAAAUAAUUUCUUGUUGAAGAAGAUAGAAAUCAGUGUUUCCGAAGCAGAAAAGCGAACCGGAAGAACUGCCAUGAACAUGCAGGAAACGUACACUGCUUACCUCAUUGAAACACGGUCAGUUGAACCCACCGAUGGCCAGAGUGUCCUAACAGAUGCACUGUGGAGGCGGUACAGUGAGUUCGAGCUGUUGAGAAACUACCUGUUAGUUUACUAUCCACACAUUGUUGUGCCACCUCUGCCAGAAAAACGGGCAGAAUUUGUUUGGCACAAGCUGUCUGCUGACAACAUGGAUCCUGACUUUGUGGAGAGACGGCGCAUUGGUCUGGAAAACUUCCUCUUGAGAGUUGCUUCCCAUCCUGUCCUUUGUAGAGACAAGAUCUUCUAUUUGUUUCUGACGCAGGAAGGAAACUGGAAGGAGACAGUGAUUGAAACUGGGUUCCAGCUGAAGGCAGACUCCAGGUUAAAAGCGCUUAAUGCAACAUUCAGAGUGAAAAACCCAGACAAGAGAUUUACUGAACUAAAGCACUACAGUGACGAGCUGCAGUCUGUCAUUUCACAUGUGCUCCGAGUCAGAGCUAGAGUAGCAGAUCGACUUUAUGGUGUAUAUAAAGUGCAUGGGAAUUAUGGGCGAGUUUUCAGUGAGUGGAGUGCCAUAGAAAAAGAGAUGGGCGACGGGCUGCAGAGUGCCGGCCAUCACAUGGACGUAUAUGCCUCCUCUAUCGAUGACAUUUUGGAAGAUGAGGAACAUUAUGCGGAUCAGCUGAAAGAAUAUCUUUUUUAUGCAGAAGCUCUGCGGGCCGUGUGCAGGAAGCACGAGCUCAUGCAGUACGACUUGGAGAUGGCUGCUCAGGAUCUAGCGUCCAAGAAGCAGCAGUGUGAGGAACUGGCAACAGGGACUGUGAGAACAUUCUCUUUGAAGGGAAUGACUACCAAGCUGUUUGGACAAGAAACUCCGGAGCAGAGAGAAGCCAGAAUAAAGGUGCUAGAAGAACAAAUACAGGAAGGAGAACAGCAGCUGAAAUCCAAAAAUCUGGAAGGCAGAGAAUUUGUAAAAAAUGCCUGGGCUGAUAUUGAACGCUUCAAGGAGCAGAAGAACCGUGACUUGAAGGAAGCCCUCAUAAGCUAUGCAGUCAUGCAGAUCAGUAUGUGCAAAAAGGGAAUUCAAGUUUGGACCAAUGCUAAGGAAUGCUUUAGCAAGAUGUAAUCCUGUGAAAUGAAUUCCUCUUCAAUCAAAGUGCCCCAAAACAGAAGCACAAGUAAAUAACAGAAAUUUAAGUUACUACCCAGUCUACAAAAAAUACACAUUAAGUUGGAUAAGUUCAGCUUUCUUUAACCUGAUUGCACUUGUGUUCAUAUAGCACAAAAAGGGUGUAUUUUAAUGAAGAUUAAAUAUUAUUAAUUUGAGUUUUGGGGACUGGUGCUGAUUCCAAAAAGUAAAUUUAAUAAUAUAUACCAAUAGAUUUUUUUUGUUUGGUUGGGCUUCUGAAGCAAUGACUGAAUGUCAACAUGUUGAUUAAUUUCCACAUGCCGGUUUUAAUACCAACUGUUUUAGAUUUGUUCAUGUAAGAUGUUUUUUCCCUGAGGUUGAAUUCCUGUAUUUACCCAGUAAGACAUACUUGUCUGUUGUAGGGGGUUAUUUUCUCUUGCCUUACAGUUGAGCUGUUUGAUUUGACAAGCUCAGCAGUAGAAACUUAGUAUGGAUUCUAAGGUUUUCGCCCACGUUCAUUGAAGCCCCCUGUAACACCUGCCUUCAGUUUAUGUUUAUCAGAAUUUUGAUACUGGCCAGAGAUCUGAUGCUGCCAACCGAGAACGGCUCAGCUGCACAGUGGAGUAUGUCGCUAGGACUGAGGCUGCCAUGCAGGGCGCUGUGGCUGAGUGUUGGACGGAAGGAUCCCGCUCCCCUGGCGUUCUUCCCCCCGGCGAGGAGCCUCCCCUUGCUCUGCUGGGCUCUGCACAUGGCAUUUCAGGGUACGAGAUGUAGCAUUUCUCAUACGAGUAGACGCACGUGCCGGUGUUUGUCUGUUAUCAACAUCCUUCUUUUCGAUUGCUUGGCUGUAAUUUUUUGAAAAAGAUAAAUUAUAUUGUUCUUUUUUUAUGUAUGUUCUCGUGGUAUGUGUUCAGAAGCCAAGCACCUUCAUUUUCCCAGCUUUGCAGAAUCCUAACUGUACUCAUUAUUUCUAACGAUAAAAUGAAAAUUCCCAGUAUUGUUCAGCAUUUGACUUUUUUACAUGUUUAAACUGUUGCUGGAUUUUUGUGCUGUUUGCCAAACUUACACAAUCAAUAAAUGAGGUAUCAUGCUGA